AGAGAAAAGAAAGAAAUAUAUGGAGCCCCUACAGAAUCCUUGGAGAACAAUAUCUGCUAAAUGGGAGGAUCCUUGGGCUAAAGAGUUCAAACAGGAGCUUCUGCAGAAAAUAAUCACGAUGAGACCAGAUGGAGACAUAAGUUAUUUUAAUAUUUUACUUCUUGGUCAAGCUGCUUCUGGAAAGUCAUCAUUCUUUAAUACCUGUGCAACAGCAAUAACCAAUGACGACAGAAUAGUGACGACAAACCUGGUCUACCAAAAGGCCUCGAAAAGUGUCACCACAGCUCUUGAAUCAAUUCCAAUGCAAACGAAAGAAGGGAAGAUCUUACCGCUGCGGCUAUUUGAUUGCAGAGGACUUAAUGUUGAAUACGGGGUUCCAACAGAGGACAUUAGAGCAAUCGUUGAAGGACGUGUUAAAAGCGGAUACAAGAUCAAUCCGGUAGCGGCUAUAGACGAAAAUGAUGCUUAUUAUAGAAAGAACCCAGAAACAAAGGACCGCAUGCACUGUAUUGUGUAUGUCGCCAAUGCUGAGAAUCCUUCCGAACAUUUGACGGAUCACAAAACCGAGGAGCAAUUACGAUUUGUUCGAGAAAAUCUAGCCUCGCAGCAUUUACCACAGACAGUUCUUUUCAAUAAGGUUGAUAAGCUUCGCAUCUCAAACUCAAAUAGCUUGCGGGAUAUCUUUCGAAGUCAGAAUGUGAGAGAUACAUGUACGAAAGCUGCCGAGUACAUGCAGAUCCCAUUAACGAAUGUUUUCCCAAUGGCAAACUACCACGAGGAAAAUCUUCCCACACUGGAAAAGGACAUUCUAGCCCUCUUCUAUCUCCUGACCAUGAUGCAAAAGGCUAACGACUUUAUCAAACGUCUUACCAAGAAAGAUGCUCCAAAGGAUUUUUACGAUUAAUUUUUACAAAAUCUGCUUCUCCUUAGUUGCUCACGGAGACAUUGUAUGAUAGUAAAA